AUGCGAUUUAUCUUAGCUGUUUGGGCGCUACUGCUUACAACCACCGGUAGCAUGGUGGUAGAAGCGUUUGAUCAUUGUGCCGCCUCAAAGGAUCUCUGUCCGACUCCCGGUACACGCCAUGUUGCAUGCAAUGGACGACAGUUUUCGGCAACCUGUACCGAUCCAAAGUUGAUCAAGAUGAAGCUCAACUAUCGGGAGCAAAUACUGGAGUUCCACAACAGGCUUCGAAACAACCUGGCGUGCGGAUACUUUCGUCGAUUCGCGGAAGCUAGCUCUAUGGAACAGUUGCACUGGGACAAUAAGCUUGCGCGGAUAGCCGAAUACAAUGCACGCACGUGCGUGUUUGAGCACGAUGAGUGUAGGAAUACACGCAAAUUCCGCACAGUCGGCCAGAAUCUCGCCAUCAACUGGUUCUACGGAGUGAACAUCACAGUGUCGCAAGCACUGGACAUAUUUCAACGCCACUGGUACCUGGAGUACAGCAAGGGCCACCAGAAACAGCUCGAUCGCUACAACGAACACUCGAUCCGGGCCGGAAUCGGUCACUUCACGCAGAUGAUACACGCCGACACGCAGUACGUGGGAUGUGCGAUGGUUCGCUUCCACGGUAACCGACAGGGAACGUCUGUAACGCAGUACUAUCUCGUGUGCAACUACUCCGAGGGUAACCUGUACGAGCGACCCGUCUAUCGGAAAGGUAGACGCUGCAGUAAAUGCAAGUACGGGUGCAGAAGCGACCCGUAUCGGUGUCUUUGCCAUCGGCCACAAAAUUAA